AGAUCGAGUAGAAUACAUAAGAGACGGCGGGUAGAUCACUCUUUACCUGCGCUUCCAACAACUCAUCACCGUUUCAUUUUUGUCCUUCAUACACCCAUCACCCUCCAUAUCUAUUCAUCAUGUCUGAAGCAUACGCCGGCAAGUCAAACGAGCAAAUUAUCAAUGAGCAGGCUGCCUCUCUCGACAGCAAGUCCUCUUCUUCGACCUCAGACUCCUUCCAGCCCCGCACAACCGUCACCUCUGAAGAGUCUGGCGUAAACGAGUCCGGUCUUGGCGAGUUCCCUGGUGCAGAGGUGCACGUCGGCCGUACAGGAGCUACUGGUGGAGGUACAAGCGCACAGAACAUCCCACCCGAAGAGGGAGGACAGGACUCGACGGGUGGUGAGAGUUCGGCGCGAUUCGAGGGACUGGGUGGACCGGAGGACAAGAAGGCACAGACUCUUGCCGAUGCACCGGGAUCAUACGAUGCUAACCCUAGGGGCAUUGAUGAAACCUUUGACCGAUCGAAGAAGGAGCCUGUGCCCAUGACCGAGGGACAGCAGCUGGAGCCCGAUCAGGAGGAGACCGCACGACUCAACCCGUAGAGAGCAAAGCGUUAAUGGAAAGGAAAUGCGAAUUGUACGAGGAUUCUCUCUUGUAGACGCUUAGGCAAUCAAUGGAUCUCAGUACCUCUCCAUACAU